AUGCAUGGGGGCAAGAGAGGGUUGGUGGCUCCGCAGAACACUUUCCUGGAGAAUAUAGUCCGGCGGUCCAGCGAAACAAGCUUCCUGUUGGGAAAUGCACAGGUCCUGGAGUGGCCAGUCGUUUACAGCAAUGAUGGAUUCUGCAAGCUGUCUGGAUACCACAGAGCAGAUGUGAUGCACAAGAGCAGCACAUGCAAUUUCAUGUAUGGUGAUCUGACUGAUAAAAAUACGAUAGACAAAAUCAAACAAACAUUUGACAGCUAUGAGUCUAAUUUCUAUGAGGUGCUGCUGUAUACAAAGAAUAAAACACCAAUAUGGCUUUACAUGCAGAUAGCCCCAAUCAGAAAUGAAAAUGACAAGGUGGUGCUUUUCCUCUGCACCUUCAGAGACAUCACCCUGUUCAAACAGCCAAUUGACGAUGAGUCCACAAGAGGGUGGACAAAGUUUGCCAGGCUCACACGAGCACUGGCCAACAAUCGAAACCUGGUGCAGCAGUUAACACCACUCAAUAAGUCGGAGGUCAGCCACAAGCCCUCCAGACUGGCUGAGGCUCUCCAGCUGGGAUCAGACAUUCUCCCUCAGUACAAGCAGGAGGCCCCUAAGACCCCUCCACACAUCAUCCUCCACUACUGCACUUUCAAGACCACUUGGGACUGGAUCAUCCUCAUCCUCACCUUCUACACUGCCAUCAUGGUACCCUAUAAUGUUUCCUUCAGGACCAAACAGAACAACUUGGCCUGGCUGGUUGUGGACAGUGUUGUCGAUGUCAUCUUUUUGGUUGACAUCGUGCUCAACUUCCACACCACCUUUGUGGGUCCAGCUGGAGAGGUGAUUUCAGAUGCCAAGCUCAUAAGAAUGAAUUACCUAAAGACGUGGUUUGUCAUCGACCUGCUGUCCUGCCUGCCCUAUGAUAUCAUCAACGCGUUUGAAAACGGUGAUGAUGGUCUCAGCAGCCUCUUCAGUUCCCUUAAAGUCAUCCGCCUGCUCCGUCUGGGCCGCGUAGCCCGAAAACUGGACCACUACCUGGAGUAUGGAGCUGCAGUCCUGGUCCUGCUGGUGUGUGUCUUCGGCCUGGUGGCUCACUGGCUUGCCUGCAUUUGGUACAGCAUUGGUGACCACGAGGUCAUUGAUGAGACCACCAACACCAUUAAGACAGACAGCUGGCUCUACCAGUUGGCACUGAGUAUUGGAACUCCUUACCGCUACAACACUAGCGGUAAUGGCCGGUGGGAAGGAGGUCCUACCAAAGACACGCUGUACAUUUCUUCUCUCUACUUCACCAUGACUAGCCUGACCACCAUUGGAUUUGGUAACAUUGCUCCAACAACAGAUGGCGAGAAGAUUUUCUCCGUGGCUAUGAUGAUGGUGGGCUCACUGCUAUAUGCCACAAUCUUUGGAAACGUCACCACCAUCUUCCAGCAGAUGUACACCAACACAAAUCGCUACCACGAGAUGCUCAACAAUGUGCGUGACUUCCUUAAACUUUACCAGGUUCCCAAAGGUCUGAGCGAGAGGGUCAUGGACUUCAUCGUCUCCACCUGGGCCAUGUCGAAGGGCAUUGACACAGACAAGGUUCUCUCCAUCUGUCCUAAAGACAUGCGUGCAGACAUCUGCGUCCACCUCAACAAACAGGUGUUCAAUGACCAUCCAGCUUUUCGCCUGGCAAGUGACGGCUGUUUGCGCUCUCUCGCCGUGGAGUUUCAGACUACACACUGCGCACCUGGAGACCUCAUCUUCCACAUCGGGGAGAGCGUUGAUACGCUCUGUUUUGUAGUCUCGGGUUCACUCGAAGUCAUCCAAGAUGACGAGGUCAUCGCAAUACUAGGUAAAGGUGACGUGUUUGGAGAUGCAUUCUGGAAAGAGACCACGCUGGCUCGAGCCUGUGCGAAUGUGCGCGCUCUGACGUACUGCGACCUGCACGUCAUCCGGAGAGAGGCUCUGAUGCGGGUGCUGGAGUUUUACACCGCGUUCGCCAAUUCUUUCUCCCGCAACCUCAUCCUCACCUGUAAUUUGCGAAAACGGGUCAUCUUCAGGAAGAUUGCCGAUGUGAGGAGGGAGCAGGCGCAUCAGAGUGACGUGACUCUGUCGAUUCCCGAAGACCACCCGGUUCGCAAGCUGUUCCAGAAGUUCAGACAGCACAGAGACGCUCAAACGGGAGAGUCCAACACUUACUUAGAUCACAACUGCGUGCAGGUGGAGAUGCAGCAGCACCCCCAGCACCACACUGACUCAAACUCUUACACUCAGCCCAGUCACUCAGCAUCUCCUCAGCAGCGGCAGGAGAACACCUCAGCAGGAGGGGGGAACAGUUGCAACAUGCCUGAAAAGUCAGAGCAAAAGCUCACAAGGGAGGCGGUGGGGUCUGCAUCAAAGCCUUGUCCAGAGAGCCGGCUUGGCCAGAGCAGUGGUGCAGGUGGAGAGGGUAACGCAGGGAGCGGCAGAGGUGUGAGAGGCUGGGCAAAGUUUAGAAACACCACAUCUGCUGAGCCAGCACGUCCUCCUGUCGAGCAGGAGAAGCAGACUCAGAAAGCAGACGAGUGGCCGAAAGGAUCGCAGUCCUCAGAACAGAUCGCAGCCCCCAAAACGAACCACGAAUCAGGGGGAGGCGGAGAGAGGGGAAGCACAGAGGGCAGCAACAGCGCAGGUGAGGAAACAAGCGCCCUGCACAAAACCGACUCCUGCGACAGUGGUAUCACAAAGAGCGAUCCACGCAUCGACCGAGCAGGAGAUUCAAGAAGCUCCUUCGAGCGAAGCCCGAUGGAAAGGAGCCCCAUGGAGAGAAAUCCAUUCGAGCACAGCCUCGGGGUUUACGCCGAGGUCUCCCUCAGACACUCAUUCGUGCAGCCGCUGUCUGAGCAAGCGCUGCUUCAAGCGACGCUCCACGCGGCCAAGCUGGAGCUGAAAGCAGACAUUCAGAUACUGAGCGGGAGACUGUCGCUGCUCGAGGCUCAGGUGAGCGAGAUCCUCAGGCUGCUGUCGGUAAAAAGACUCUCUCUGCCGCCAGCGUCCUCUCCAAAAGCAAGACGGAAAAGUCAAGACUCGGUCACCGCCUCCAGGCCGGCUUCACCCAAAACAGACGACGAGGAUCUUUAAAUUUUCUCACUUGAUAAAAAAAAUAAAGGAUUAGAUAAGCAUCGUGCAUGUCCUGCUGGACUACAAGUUUUAAUACUUGAUUGCAUGCAGAAAUGUUACCUUAGCACCACAAGGAUCCAGGGAUUUAUCUUAUACUGUAGCUUUUAACUUAUGAGACACUUGUGUGUGAGAGGAAGCAGGGACAAAUAAUUAACAACAAGCACAAAAAGGAAAUGAUGCUUGAUGAGGUGCUUGGCAAAACAUGCAAGUUUGAUGAAAAUAAGAUGGAGUAGUUCUUUACGUUUCUGGAAGUCAGUUUACAGUUUUGAGGUUU